UCUGACGACAGAGAGAAAGAGAGCGCGAGCGCGAGCGCGAGGCACAGACACGACUCGCUUUUCCAACGGCUUUUUUUUUUAAUGCUGCGCGGAGAAAAGAAAAAAAAAAUAUUCAACUAGCGUCAAUUUGUUAUUUUGAGGCAGAAAAAUAAACCGAGUGGGACUUAAACUUUUCAUACACGGAUAUUACUCACAAGGUUUAAACCCAACGGUGUGUGAGGAGGAAUUUUAUAUUAACGCGAGCGGGUUCGCCGUUUGCGGGACAAAAACAGGGCGCUUUUUUCCCUUCAGUUCGGCGUUACUGGGUGCGCAGCCUCACGCGUGGAUUUUAAUCUUGGUUUUUUUUUUUUGUUAUUUGAUAAGGAUCGUAUUUAGACCACACGGAAUUGCCACCGAGAGUUUCUGCCUUGUGUGGAUAUGAACUACCAGGUUGAUGAGCCGUAAGCGUUGUUCUGAGGCCAGUUUUGGAAGCGCAACAUCGGCUGAUGGAGUUAACGUUAUGGAGGAUCGCGUAUAGGUUCUCCGAUGUUCCCGGACUGCAGAGUUCCACAGGAAAUCGUUGAUUCGGUCAGAUGGAUCGCGGAGGCCACGUGGGCACCGUUCUCUCUCUGGAUCAGAUCCGCUCUAUACGUUCUAAGAACGAGUACACCGAAGGCCCUGUGACGUCGCCGGCAUCAUCGCCAUCAUCUACGACAUCGACGCGGCAACCAUCUGCGCCAUCAUCGUGGCGCCCAUCACCACCUCCACGGACGCUGAAGCACGAGAGGACUCACGAGGUCAUUGUGGUCAACGUCAACAACAACAAUUACGGAAGCAGUGGCACCAGUGGUGGUUUCUCUCCUUCCUCAGGAAGCUCACCGCCUGUCUGCCAUGUGGUUAGGAUGCAGCCCAAAUCGCAGAUGGCUCCCUUGCGGCCUCUGUUGCCUCCCUCGGACACUCUGUUGAUGUCAAAGCAGGCGAAAUCGAAGGACGAGUCCUUGUUAUCAUCAUCCUCUUCAUCGUCCUCUUCAUCGUCGUCGCACCAGCUGAUCUGUGAGAGCUGCGGGAAGUGUAAGUGUGCUGAUUGUACUUCACCGAGGCCACUUCCCUCUCGUAUGGUGUGCGAUGGCCAGUGCGUGUGCUCAGCUGAGAGUGUGCUGGAGCAUGGCACGUGCAUGUGCCUCGUCAAGGGCCUUUUCUACCAUUGCUCGAGUGAGGGUGGAGAUGAUGCGGGUGACUCGUGUGCCGACCGGCCAUGCUCGCUGACACGGCCUCGCUGUCCGGCACGCUUCCUCUGCAUGGCCCUCAUGGCACCCAUCUUCCCCUGCCUGCUAUGCUACCCUCCCUGUAAAGGGUGCCUCAAAGUGUGUCAGGUGUGCCACGACCGCCUGCGUCGGCCUGGCUGUCGCUGCAAGAACUCAAACGCCGUCUACUGCUGGAGGGACGGCCAGGGACACACACUCACACCAGGCAAACCUACUUGAGGACACACAAACGAGACACUAACAAACACGGAGCCGAAAACACAGGCACUAACACACACAGGAUUAAGGGCUUAUAAUUAUUAUUAUUAUUAUUAUUAUUAUUAUUAUUAUGUUUUGGCCCCAUUCGGCUUCCAUACUCAAGCUAAAACAUGCAGAGCCGAAAUCUGUGCUAACACACAGCAGGGAGUCCAAAUCCACGCUAACAAACACACUGAAUGUGUGCCUGGCGUGUGCCGCUAAUUAGUUAUGCAAUGUCAAUAUCAUUAUCGUGGAUGCUUUGAAAUAUCGUCAGUGCCACUGUGGUGCGAGGACAGAUGUGUCCUUGUUUUUGCCAUCAUGACCAGUCCUAUUAUGCUCUGGUGUGCAUUGUGCAAAUAUCACAAAACAGUGCUAAGAUGUUGUCAUAUUGCAAUAUUAAAAGUGUAACACGGCACGUGCCUAAAAACAGCGCUAACAUAUGGUGCGGAACACAAACUGGGGGUGAGUCCCAGGACACACAACACCGAUCUGGGAGGAAGAGGACGGACAACAAUAUCCUGUUUAUGCUCUAAAUAAGCCCCGCCUAUUCCUCACCGAUCUGCUGCUAGGAGGAUGGAGGAUGAAAACAUAAAAACCACUCGUUUGUCACUUGGCAGGUUUUUUUUUUCUUUUUUAAAACAAAACCAGUGUUUGCCUUAAGCUGACUGUGGGUCUGCUCAGCUACUUGAUAAAGAGACAAAGUGAAAAAGGGGAAGAAGAAGAAAAAAGACAGCAGAAGAAAAUUUUUAAGUAAACGAGAGAGACAAACCGAACCGAAUCUGUGAAGGACUGUCCGGCCAGCCUAUAAUACUGUAGCUGUUCCCAGAUCGCCGUAGCAACCUGGUAUUGUUCCCACACAGAGGGCUUCCCGUGCCUUCCCGCGGGUCAUCUCCAUGGAAACGACCCCUCCGUCUGGUAGUGUUUCCGGAUGGACAGACGGGCGGACGUUCAAACACACACACACACACACGCUCCGUGGCAUUUUGACUUUUUUUUCUCCCUGUUCUUCUUGUUUUGUUGUUUCGUUUUCUCUCCCCCUUUCUCAUAUUUUUGUAAAAAAAAAAAAAACUAUGUUCAAAUCCAUCAGAGGAAUCCUGGCUAUUUUUUAAAAAGUUACAAAAAAAGAAAAUGUCUCUUUAAAAAACAUUUGUCCUUGUAAAAAAAAAAAUAUUUAUUAAGUGAAGCUCUAUUAUUUUAUGAUAUUUAUUGCGAAACAAAGACAGUCUUAGAUUUACUCAUGUCUGAAUAUAACAGAAAUAUCAAUACUGAGAAAUUAAAGGGUGACACAAACGUUAUGUUAACUUUACUGCAGAAAUAUAUGAAUUAACUAAUAACA